AUGACGCUGGUGAAAUCUCGAUUGUCCACUAUCGAAUUUGAGAUGGACGAGGAGGAUACAAGGCUACAAGAAGAGUUACUCCAGUUGGUCGACGUGUUGCUGGGCCAAGACGAAGCAGCAAUUCUGCUCUCUUUGAGUCAACUGAGGUUGCUGAUGCAGACCUCGACGACUUCGAUGACCGCGGUUCCAAAGCCACUCAAGUAUCUGAGGAACUCUUACGAAUCGUUGAGGACCGCGUACUCGAAGAUCGAACGAGACGACGUGAAACGGCAAUUCGCGGAGGUGCUGAGUGUCCUCGCUAUGGCAGGAGCAGCCCCAGGGUCUAAAGAGUGUCUGAGAUACUGCGUCGAAGGCAACGUCUUCAACCCCGGGGAAUGGGGCCACGAAUACGUCAGACAAUUAGAAACGGAAAUAAUCGAUGAGAUAACGAACGCUCCCGUCAGGGACGAGCAAGAAAUCAGGAAACGGUUAGAACUGUUGAUCAAGCACAUCGUGCAGUUCGACAUGAAGCACAACGCGGAGAUACCCGGCUGCGAUUUGUGUCUGGAGAUCGACCAGCUGAACUUUCUCGGCGACUACUUGGACAAUAGGAACUUCGAAAGAGUCUGUCGAUACUUGGAAGCUUGCGCGAGUUAUAGCGAGGACACCGAGAGGAAGCAGAUACUGAGAGUAGUGGCUGAUCAGUACUUGAGAUUUAAGGAGUUCUGCAAGGCUAUGCUGGUAGCCUUGCAGUUGUCCGAUUCAGAGAUGGUUCACAAGUGUCUGGCCACUUGUCCCGACAGUGUCACGCGGAAACAGUUGGCUUUUAUUCUUGCCAGGCAGAGGGACAAUCCUCUGCGAAAGGAGUACGAGGGGGAUGACGCCAAGGACAUCGAACAGAUCCUAAGCAACAGCCACAUAAACGGCCACUUUCAUUCGCUUGCCAGUGAAUUGGACAUCUGUGAACCGAAACAUCCCGAAGACAUUUACAAGAGUUACGAAGGAAAAAAGCUUGGGAAAUUUGAGCCUGACUCCGCGAGAGCCAACCUAACAGCAAGUUUUGUCUCCGGUUUUGUUCACGCUGGUUUCGGUCAAGAUAAAUUGCUCACUAAUGCUGAGGAUUGUUGGGUUUACAAGAACAAGGAUCACGGGAUGCUGUCUGCGACUGCUGCUUUGGGUCUGAUACACAUGUGGGACGUGGAUGGUGGUUUAGUUCCCAUAGACAAAUACCUCUAUACCAACGAAGACUACAUCAAAUCCGGAGCUUUACUCGCUAUAGGACUCGUAAAUUGCGGCGUUCGCAACGAGUGCGACCCAGCACUAGCUCUCCUCAGCGAUUAUUUAUCUUCCAAGAGCGGAACGCUUAAGAUAGGAGCAGUUUUAGGAUUAGGCCUCGCCUAUGCUGGGUCCAGGAGGUCUGACGUAACUGAACUGCUCACUGGAGUUUUGGCUGACAAAGAAAGCACUAUGGAAAUUGUGGGGUUGACUGCAAUAGCCAUAGGAUUGAUCAAUGUUGGAUCUACUGAUCCUGACGUCUCCUCGACGUUGCUGCAGAAAUUGUUGGAGACUUCUCAUCAGGAUCUGUCGAACACUUACUCUAGAUUUCUACCAUUGUCUUUGGGAUUGAUCUAUAUGGGUCGUCGAGAUAUGAUAGAAGCUUCCUCUGCAGCUCUGGAAGUGUUACCUGACCCCUAUAAAUUGGCCUCGCAGACAAUGCUCCAGGUGUGCGCGUACACUGGCACAGGCGACGUAUUGAUAGUACAAGAAUUGCUACGAAUCUGUUCAGAGCCUGUCGACAGCGAAAGCGCACCGAUCACUCCAGUAAGCAGUACUGCCACAAAUUGUUGCGGCCAAAAGCUUUCGACUUCGGAAUCGUCCGACAAGACAAAAGAAAAAUCUGAAGCGAAACGCGAAGAAUCCAAAGAUAUUGGAUUGACGCAAGCUAUAGCUGUUUUAGGUGUCGCCAUGGUUGGUCUGGGAGAGGGCAAAGAAAACUCUAGGAUCUUCGGACAGAUCGGAAGAUACGGCUCUAUACCUACGAGGAGAGCAAUGCCGCUGGCUUUAGGUUUGUCAUCCCUGUCAGACCCCGACUAUUCGACUAUGAGCGUUCUGUACAAAUACAGUCACGAUAAUGACCCCGAUGUAGCCAGCAACGCCAUAUUUGCGCUUGGCUUAGUCGGCGCAGGGACCAAUCACGCUCACGCUGCUAAUUUGUUGAGACAAUUGAUCUGCUACCAUACGAAAAAUCCAACACAUUUGUUUCUAGCUAGAAUGUCAUUAGGUUUGGUGCAUCUUGGCAAGGGUACUUUGUCCAUAUCGCCGUUGCAUUACGCUUCCAAAGUGUUGGACCACACUGCACUUGCCGGACUACUUGUAGUGCUGGUCUCGUUUCUGGAUUGCCGUAAUUUGAUCAUGGCGAAGUCGCAUUACCUGAUAUACUGCCUCGCUGUGGCGAUGGAACCAAGAUGGCUGAUCACUUUAGACGAGAAUUUACAAAGUCUACCAGUGCUGGUGAGGGUUGGAAAGGCAGUGGACAUUGUGGGCAAGACAGGUAAUCCGAAAUCCAUUGCCGGUGGCUACACUCACACAACUCCGGCAUUGUUGUUCCCUAACGAAAGGGCAGAGCUAGCUUCGGACGAAUACGAGGCGGUGACCAGCGUGCUGGAAGGAUUCGUUAUUCUCCGGAAGAAGUCAACCUCGACCUGAGCUUCAUUUAUCGUUUGUUACAGUCGAAUAAAGAACACUGGACACUCGAGUCUGGCAGGUAAUAUUCGAACAAGUAGUUUUAUUUCGCAAUUACGGUAGGAAACACGUUUGACAAAACUG